AAGUCGGUCCGGCGUGUCCGCCCCGCUCCGGACUCGUCCACCUCGUGGCGCGAGCCCUGCCCAGCUGCCGCCCUCGUCCCGGCGCCGGGACGAGUCGUGUAGUGAGCGGCCACCGGCGGCGACGGCCGUGUGGAAGAGCGGCGGCCGGGCAGUGCGAGUCCGCCGGCGCGCACGACGGACCGCGGCGGCGGCUGGAGCCGGUCACGACCCGUCGCGGGGUCACAGUCGCGCCGCUGGCGAACUGCUGUGACCUGGACAUGACCUGGCGACGACCUGCCUGUCCUCUGAUGGGGCCGACGACCCGGCAUCAUCGGGUGAACACUGCCGCGACGAUGGGCACAAGCCGGUUCAGGGUGACCCACAAGGUCGGAGUGGCAGUAGGGAGUCACCUGCUGACCAGCGCUGCUUUGACUCUGGUCUUCCUUUCCUCCGGCGGCGACGGGUAUUCGUUUCCACAAGGUCGGUUGCAGUCAUGUACGAACGAGGGAGGAAAUGUAGAAGUGGGCUUCAUCAAAGAAAAUCCAUGCAUCACUUGUCGUUGCUUGGGGGGCAAUGUGACCUGCGAGCAAGAGCUCUGUCCAAUGACAGAAGCGUGCCAUCUGGUGCUGGCGGGGCAGCGCAUUCGACCCGACUCCUGCUGCGAAAAAUGCAAAGGUUGCCAGACGUCACUGGGCCAGUACUCGGACGGAGAGGAGUGGCCCGACCCCGACGACCCCUGUACACUCAACCACUGCUACAGUGGCGUUGUCACCAGGUCAAAGGUCAAGUGCCACGCGCCGUGCAGCCAGCCGCUGCCGGCAGAGCCCGGGCAGUGCUGCGCCCGCUGUCCUGGCUGCCAAGCCUCGGGUCAUGUCAAGCCGCCGGCUCAGAACGUGACGUCAGAGAGGGACCCGUGCCUGAUCUGCCGCUGCGGCCCGGACGGCACGCAGAGCUGCGCGCGCCGCCUGUGCCCCGCUCUCUCGUGUCUGGCGUCCGAGACUCACCAGGAGCCAGACCAGUGCUGUCCCCGGUGCACAGGCCACCGGCGCGUCACGCCCGGCUCACCGGGCUGCCAGAUGGGCAAACGGCUCUACGACUCCGGCCAGCAGUUCUCGCCGGAUCCGUGCACCAACUGCACCUGCCAGGGCUCGACCAGCGUGUGCCAGCGCACCAGCUGCCCGCAGCUGGCGUGCCAGCGGCACCUGCAGCUGCACCAGCCGGGCAGGUGCUGCCCGGUGUGCCGCGCGCCGGAGCCGGUGCGCAGCGUCUGCCGUCAUAUGCGCCGCCAGUACCAGGACGGCGACACGUGGCAGCUGACCCCCUGCAUCACGUGCAACUGCACGCACGGGCGGAUCAGCUGCGAGAUGGAGUCGUGCGAGAACGAACCGCAGUGCGGUCCCGGCUGGCACCCGGCCAAGCUAGCCGGUCGCUGCUGCAAACAGUGCGUCGAAGACGACGCCGUCUGCACGGUUUUCGGUGAUCCUCACUACAGCACAUUUGACGGGAAGAUAUACAACUACCAGGGCACGUGCAAGUACCAGCUGGCCAAGGACUGCGCUGAUAAGACGUUCUCGAUACGCGUGCAUAAUGACCCGCGCAACAGCCGCUUCUUCAGCUGGACGCGGUCCGCCUCCAUCAAGAUUGGCGAUUUAAGGAUAGCUCUGCGCCCAAAGAAAGAAGUGAAGAUCAACCGCAAGACUGUCACCCUGCCUUACCUGAAAGUGGGUCAUGUGGCGAUAGUCCAAGACCCUGCAGACAAUUAUAAUGUCUUGGUGAAGCUCCGUUCUGUUGGAGUCAGCGUGAUUUGGGACGGCGAUAGCUUCCUGCAAGUGCGGGUGCCGCCGAAAUACAAGGGUAAGAUGUGCGGUCUGUGCGGCAACUACAACGGAAACAAGACAGACGACUUCAUCACCAAGCGCGGACGGCUGGUCAAACUCACCAAACGAUUCGCUCGGUCGUGGAAAGUAGGAGGUCGCUCCCACUGCUCGGCGCCGCGGCGCCAGUUCCGGCGCCAGCGGAAGCGUCAGCCGCGCCCGUGCGCCGGCGACCGGGCGGCGCGCGCCACCGCCGUGCGCCAGUGCAACCGACUCAAGGCGGCGGCCUUCGGCGACUGCCACGCCAAGGUUCACCCGGCUUCAUACUUCAAGUCGUGUGUGCAGGACAUGUGCGAGUGCGAUCAGAAGCGCAGCUGCUACUGUGAGGCGCUCACCGCCUACUCGCACGCCUGCCAGCGCGUCGGCGUUCCCGUGCAUUGGCUGAACGGCACAGACUGCGCAGAGCCGCCGCAGUGCACGGGAGUUGGAUCGUCUGCCGGCUGCAGCUCCGCCUGUCAGCCGAGCUGCGCUGUACCGCAGCCGCCGGCCGACGGCUGCAGCUCGGACGCGUGUCGUCGGACUUGCGCCUGCCCCGACGGCCAGCUGUGGCACGACGGCGGCUGCGUGCCGCCGCACCGCUGCCCGCAGCGGUAAC